AAAAAAUGUGGGGGUCGGGGACACUAGUAAGCGGAAAAGAAUAGCGUCUUCGCUUCACUUGUUUUUCACAAUCAGUUAAUGGCAGAUGAUCUAUCAUCUGGAACUGGAACUAGAGUUCCCGAUUCUGAUUUUUCAAAUGACUUGUUUACCGACGCCGAUGACUUAUGGUUAGAUAGCCCGAUCGUUGACAAUUUAUGGCCCGGUUUACUUCCUCCUGACAAUGAAUUGUUCACGCAGCAAGAACCAGACGCGCCCAUGAUAGAUCAGCAGAAUCUUGAGGGAACAUCGUCAUCGAUACUCGAUCGUGACUGGGGCUAUAUUUACGGCACUUCAUCGGGAAAUUAUGGUAGUGGCUCAGGAAGGUAUAACUCGAGUGAGUGUCGGUCAGUCGGUUCAGAAGCUCAAAGUCAAAGUUCCGUACAAGGUUUCCAACCGUGGAUUGCUUCUUAUGGCCAAAAAAUAGACCAGGAUGAAUCUAAUCAGAAGUCGGCUCUACCGUCCGGCGAUGAGGUACCAAAGCUUGGGAUGGUGUUUUCAUCUGAGCAGGAAGGAUAUGAGUUCUACACAAAUUAUGCUACAAAAAGGGGUUUCAGUGUAAGAAAAGGGAAGACACAGCGGUUGACAGAUGGAACCAUACGUAAACGUUCUCUUUACUGUUCAAAAGAAGGAUUUCGAUCAGAGAGUAAGUCUGGCAAGGCAAGAAAGUAUCAGAGGAAAGAAACAAGAAUAGGUUGUAAUGCAAUGGUUCAAUUUACACACAACACUGACAUUGGAAAAUGGGUGAUAACUCACAUUGUUCUAGAACACAAUCAUGACACUAAUGUUCCAAAUCAUGGGCAUAUAACAUGUUCAUCUACUAAUAUCUCUGAGGAAAAUGCAGGGAUUGAUACUGCAAAUAAUGUUGUGAUGGUGGAAAAGACUGUUGUUGGAAAUUCUCCGGGGUUGUCCCCUUUUGUUAAUUUUAGCAAGGACUAUUUGUGUAAUGAGAAAAUAAAUAUCCUAUCACCCGAGGAUAGUCAAAGUUUACUAAAUUUUCUCAAUCAUUUACAAUUGGAGGACCCUUCAUUCUUCUACACUGUGCAACUUGAUGCCCAAAGUCGUAUAAUAAAUUUCUUUUGGAGGGAUGGCAGGUCAAAGAUAGACUAUGAAUACUUCGGAGAUGUGCUGAUUUUGGACACAACAUUCCGAAUUGAAAAAUAUGACAUAAUUUGUGCUUUUUUGUUGGGAGUUAAUCAUCAUCGGCAAUAUAUCUUCUUUGGCUGCGCAUUUUUGCUUGAUGAUAGCACAGACUCAUUCAUUUGGUUGUUUAAGACUUUUGUAAAAGCAAUGGGCAAGUGUCAGCCAAGAGCGAUUUUCACUGACAUGCAUCAAUCAAUUUCUGAAGCAGUAGAGCUGGAGCUACAUGAGACACAGCAUCGUAUUGGUGUAUGGUAUAUCAACCAAAAUGCCAGAAAACACAUUUCUGAAGCUUUUAAGCUACCUCAUUUUGAGGAUGAAUUUAAUAAAUACAUAUCAAGUUGUACUUCAAAGGAUGAGUUUUCUUUUAGGUGGCAAGUGUUGUUUGAGAUUUACAAACUUCGAGAAAACCCAUGGGUCAAUACUUUAUAUAAGAUGCAGGAAAAAUGGUCACCGGGGAGUACUUAUUCGGCUGGAAUAGAAUCGUUCCAUGGAUUUGAGUACAUAAAUAAUGUUUUCCAUAACUUGGUGCGCGAGACCACUACUCUAUCAAAGUUUGUUGAGCGAUAUCUGGGAGCAGCAGAGCAACUGCGUAGAGCAGAGCUAUAUGAAGAUUUUUGUUGCAAUAAAAACAAAUGGCCGAUGAUUUUGGAAAACAAUAAAUUGGAGAAACAUGCAGCUGAUGCAUAUACCGGGACAAUCUUCAAAUUGUUCCAAAAAGAGUUACAUAGAUGUCAAUUAUUGGUUGUAGAAGAAAUUGCAAGUAAUGGGGUAAUUUUUAUGUUCAAGAUAACAGAUGAAGGUCAUCGACACAAUUUUGUGGAAUUUAAUUGUUUUGAAUUAAAAGUGACAUGCAGUUGUAAAAAUUUUGAAUCAACUGGCAUCUUGUGCUCUCAUGCUUUAAAGGUACUUGCUGCAAAAGAUAUUGACUAUCUACCCGCUCACUAUAUACUAAAGAGAUGGACGAAAUCUGCCAAAUAUGAGAUGGUGGCAAAUGAUUGUAAGCAAAAGAUUGUUGAUCAGAGUAAAGAGCAAUCAAGUUCAUUUACAAGUAGAGUUAUGUAUAAAGUUUUAAAUAUCAUUACUAAAAGUGUAGCAGUUGAGGAAAGUCAAAAGAUAGUUCAAAAAUAUCUGGACAUGGCACUCAAAGAGGUGGAAGAUGUUUUGAAAGUUAAAGCAACAAUAAAUCUUUAUGGAAGAGAUGCUGAAAUUCAUCAUAGAAAUGGUGGUUUAAAUGGCAUUGAUUGUAUGGAAGCACAAAGGAAGGUGUCAAAUCCGCCAUGUUCUAGUCAAGAGAGCCUGACUAAAAGAAAAUCAUGCGAUGAUGCUGUUAUCCACUGUUGGCCACUCAAAGAAGCAAGAAAUGAUGGAGAUAAUCGAGGAUCCUGUACUAGUUCUGGCAGUCAACAUAAUGUUGGAGAAAAUUCCCAAAAACAUCCUUGCAUGCCUACAGAGAAUAUGCAGAAGAUGCCUUUGGCUAUGCAAAAACCACCGAGAAAUAAACGAAAAUUGCCAGACAAAAGGCCAAGCCGGAUUUAUCUUCGUCAAGACUCUCUAGAAAAUCAUCAAUCGCAAGUGGCAUUGAAAGACUGUAAUGGCGGCAGACAGCCUAUGGGCCGCGAGAAGCAGGGGACGUGCAGUCACUGUGGGAGGACAGGACCAUUGGGGCCGAACAAGUUGUGUAUUGCAUGUGGAGUGAAAUACGAGACCGGGCUUUUGUAACGGGAAAUUGAAAUUUUUACCUACAUUUAAUUAAGUCUAUGCAAAUUAAUUUAACUUUUUUUCAUUAAACAUUUGUGUAAUAAGGUCUAAGGAUAAUAUCAAGUUUAUCCUCGUUUUUAUCCUUAAAAACACAAGAUUUUAUUAAAAUAGUUGUUAUU